GUCGAUGAGGAUACUUAAUUCUCAGCAGUAUGUCACUAUAGUAGAUGUCAUUGGUAACUUUGUACAGUGGCCUAUGCAUUUAGUGACUUUAGAUGAGAUUUGCAACAGUAUGCUUAAACGGAAUGCCACCAAUGUUAUAUCAUAUUUCAUCCACGUCAUGGAGCAGAACAAAGAUAAACAAUUUAUUUUAGCACCAUAUCAUCAAGAAUCACAUUGGUUACUUUUGGUGAUUUGCAUGCGCUCAAAAAGCGUAUGUUUCUUGGAUCCCUUGCCUUCUGAUCGCGACAUUGGUGAAAUUAAAGCUUCUAUUAAUUUGGCAUUUCGCUCUGUUCUUACGAAUGGACGAAUUAAGAACAUCGAUUGGAAGCCAUUCAAAUGCCCGAUACAACCUGGAGAUUAUGAGUGUGGAUAUUAUGUCAUGUGAUACAUGUUUGAUAUCGUGACAAAAUAUUCAUCUAUUGAUGAUUUGAAUAAGGCAUUUGAAAGCGAUAGUCCGUACUCCAUCAAUGACAUAAAUGAGAUUCGGGAGCAAUGGGCAAAAUACUUCUUUUCGGAGUGCGUGUAACUUUUGUUUUAUUGAUAAAUAGUUUUGUUUUGAUGAUAGUAUUGUUUUGUGCAUGUUUUGAUGAUAUUAUUAUAUUAAAGUGUAAUCGAGGAUAUAAAGUAGUAUUGUGUUUUGAUGAUAGUAUUGUGUUCAA